AUGUAGGUUGUAAAUGUGUCUAAUAAACAAAUCAAGAACUUUAACUUGGACACCAUUAAUGCUGUCUAUGACACACACAUAAAUUAUGCAAAAACUAGAUCAAUCAACUGCAGUGACAAUUUAUUGGGAUCAACAGAUGGGUUCUCCUAAUUCUAAUGUCUUUACAACUUGGAUCUGAGUCAUAACCGUAUAAAUUAGUUCUUCCAAUUGACUUCAUCUUUGGUCGAAAUCAAUUUGGCUCACAAUCUAUUGGGAAGUGUGUUUGAUGAUUUUCAGAAAUCUCUAAAAUCAUAAGGUACUCGUUUAUAUGUAGGUUCAUUCUUAUCGAAUUUGAAGAACCUGAAAAUAAUCGAUCUUAGUUAUAAUAACAUAUCAUCAAUCAGUUCCAACAUAUUUGAUGGCAACACUCAACUUCGUAAAAUCAACUUGAGCAACAACCAAUUAUCAGGUCCAUUGUGGUGUUUUACCAAACUAGAAAAUCUGGAGAUAAUUGAUGUUGGACAUAAUUAAUUAAAUAUUAACGAUUUAAAGCCUUUAGAGAAGUUAAAAUUGGAGAGUUUAAAUCUCAGAUUUAACCCAUUAGAAAACAUGGAUAAAUGUGAAGAGAAACUGAUCAAACUUCUACUCUACACUCGUAAGAUAGAAUUAUCAUACAAUCAAUUGGAACAAUAAAUAAUAAAUAAUAAUAAUUCUAAACACAGUUCUAAAUUAGAUCACAGCGUAAACAGCAAUGAUUCUUUGCAAUUGCAACCCACUGAGAGAUCAACUGCAAGUCGCUUAAGCAAAGUGAGUAACAGACUUUCAAGACCUAAGACACCACAAAAUACUAAAAAUGAACCUUAAUAAAUUAAUAGAACCCCUGUGAAGCAUUAGAAUCAAUAGGAAGUUAAGAAAUCAAAAUGUGACUUGAAAAAGAAUAUCAGCAUUACUCCAAAGAAAAACAAUGGCAAUAAGACACCCAAGUAGUAACAAUAGGUUUGUCUGAAAACAGUUGAUCAACAUGAAGAACAGAUUAAGCAGAGAGACUCCUAUUAGUAAUAGAAAUCAACAACUAAAAUACCAUCUUUGAAUUUACAAAUGGUUAAAGUGACUCCAUUUUAAUUAAGUGAAGUUGGUUCUGAAAGGGAAGAUUUUCCUAUGUUAUUUGAAGAGGAUGAUGAAAAGUAGUUGCUUGAAGAAUUGAAGUUAUUGGGGGAAGCUAUAAAAUAGAAGAAAUAACAUGAAAUUAGCAUUGAAAGACAAAUUACAACUAAUAAAAAUAUGAUCUCAUUAAUGAAGAUCAUGAUUAAAGGAAUUUACCUAUACAAUGUCAAUGAGUAUAAUUAGGGUUUCGAUGAUGUUAUGACUGAAUUGCAUAGAGAAAUGGAAUCAAAGAAUCCAGAAUUCAAAGAUAUCAAACUUAAACUGAUGAGGUUCAACAAAGAACAUUACGAAUUAAAUAAAAUGUAUUAAAGUUUAGAGUAAUCUGAAAGAGUUGUUGAUAAUAUUAAAUAAUAAUUAAUUUGA